UUACCGCUAUGAGAAGAAGUUGCCCAUCUACGGGUGUCCAGGCAACUGCGGAAAGACAAAGGACACCAAAAUAAGGUGCUGCGGAGGAAUUUCUGUCGAGCUGUGACACGACGGAGUGCGAAGAGUGAAGGCGAUUGAGAGGGGCUGAGGGAAUUGUCCUCAGUCCAAGGGACUUUCAUUAGGCCCCAGGCCCCCGCCUGCCCCUGUCGUCAGCAGGGAGAUGGAAAGCUUGAUGACUAGUUCCACCCUGCAGCCUCUUUUUGCAGAUGAAGAUGGUUCCAAAGAGAGUAAUGAUCUGGCUACAACAGGGUUAACACACACGGAGGUUCCCUAUGGAAGUGGAGCCACACCGUCCACCAACAAUCCAGAGUUUGUGGAAGAUCUCUCCCAGGGUCAGUUGCUUCAGAAUGAGUCUUCAAAUGCUGCAGAAGGCAGUGAGCAGAGGCAUGAAGAUGAGCAAAGAAGUAAACGAGGAGGUUGGUCGAAAGGGAGAAAAAGAAAGAAACCUCUUCGAGACAGCAAUGCACCCAAAUCUCCCCUUACCGGAUAUGUUCGGUUCAUGAAUGAGCGGCGAGAACAGCUUCGAGCAAAGAGACCAGAAGUCCCAUUUCCUGAAAUCACACGGAUGUUGGGCAAUGAAUGGAGUAAACUUCCUCCUGAGGAAAAGCAGCGCUACCUAGAUGAAGCAGACAGAGAUAAGGAGCGUUACAUGAAGGAACUGGAGCAGUAUCAAAAAACUGAGGCCUACAAGGUCUUCAGCAGGAAAGCCCAGGAUCGUCAGAAAGGCAAAUCUCAUCGACAAGAUGCAGCCCGACAGGCUACUCAUGAUCAUGAGAAAGAAGCAGAGGUAAAGGAACGGUCUGUUUUUGACAUUCCUAUAUUUACAGAAGAAUUCCUGAACCACAGUAAAGCUCGUGAGGCAGAGCUCCGCCAGCUUCGCAAAUCCAACAUGGAGUUUGAGGAAAGGAAUGCAGCCCUGCAAAAGCACGUGGAGAGCAUGCGCACAGCAGUGGAGAAGCUGGAGGUGGAUGUGAUUCAGGAGCGGAGCCGCAACACCGUCCUGCAGCAGCACCUGGAGACCCUGCGGCAGGUGUUGACCAACAGCUUUGCGAGCAUGCCCCUGCCUGGAAGUGGAGAGACACCAACGGUGGACACCAUUGACUCCUAUAUGAACAGACUGCACAGUAUUAUUUUAGCUAAUCCCCAAGACAAUGAAAACUUCAUAGCUACAGUUCGAGAGGUUGUGAACAGGCUUGAUCGUUAGGCACUGAUCUUAGAACUCCAAGAUGUUCCAUAAUGUUUUCACUUGUGUGGAAUGAGAAGCCAUCCAUGGAAAUUUGAACUGAGUGUGGCAUAGAAGGACUGCAGAUCCUGGUGACAGAAUUGUCAGUAAGUGAAAUGCCUUCACCCCAGGAAGCCGGAUGAAGGAGCAGUGAAGGCGCAUGUAUAUGAACCUGUUAUGGGACUGUCCUUUGUGAAGCUUUGGAAGUGUACAUCCCCUCUCCCAAGCCUGCAGUUUCCUCAUUUCCAUUUCUGCUGGAGUGGACCCACGUGCACUCUGCUGACCUCGGUGACCCUGAGACUCUCAUCUUCUCCACAGCAGAGUGGAAGGCUUCAUUGUUACAGUUCUGAUUGGACCUUUUAUCAGUGAGGCUCCAGUUUUCUUACCGAGAGAUCGCUUUUUAAAAUGCCUUUGGGGGUGAUUUUUUUUCUUCCCUUCAUCCCCUCCAAAUUAUACAUCUCCAUUUUCUGACCUCUGGGCUCCAUUACUCAGCAGGACUCUGAAGGAGAAUUCUCUCAUUGGAUGGGCCCAGUCUUCUCCCAUCAUUGCCCUGCUGUGACUCCAAAGAAAGGAGCUUCUUGUUGACAGUGCCCUGUGGAGCAAGACUGUGUUCCCUGGCCCACGUGGUACUCAGUGGGUGCCAGCCCUCAGCAGGCUCCGUGAUUGCCACCCUGAAGGAGAAUGCUCUCUCCUUCCUCCCUAGUCCUACCUGCUGUUCUCCGAUCAUUGCUCCUGCUCAUACUCAGAGUCCCAGCCACAGCAAGGCUCUUCUGUCCCCAUCUGUUGGCAGUGUCUUGUGGAGCACUUUGCUGAGGAAAAGGUCAUUGGUAAAAAGGAGGAAGCAAGUGUAGUACACUUUGAAAAAAGUCCAAAGUUUAGCCUAAGAGGAAACAGACGGGCCUCCUUGUCUUUAGAUGAACAGGUUCUGUGUUCAGAUUAGUAUAGUGUAGGCACCAUUGGACAUAGUCUCUUGAGCUGACAGGACACAGAGCAAUUCUCGUAUGCUUUGUCUUCUGUAGUCACUAACUGGUGAAUCUAUGUGAAAAAGAAAACAAAUACUUCCCUUCCUCCCCUCCCCUUAGAGGAUUUUUAUUUAUCAGCAAAAGUGAAGGAGUUCUCAUUCUCUCCUCUGCACUCUACAGCACAAGGCUAAAGGUAACAGCUAAGAUCUUUGGGAACCAAAGCAGAGCAUGCUAAGCCCAUUAUCUAGGCACCAGGCCACCAAAGGUAAGGGGAUGAAGCAUGGCCCCCUCUCACAAUGUGCCUAGAAGCCAAGGUGCGAGCCAGAGCCCCUGUCAUGUGGCUGCACAUCCUGUCUCUCAGCCCUGUGAUCUGCCAUGCGUUGGUAGUUAGUCCAAAGGAAAUAGUAACAAUGACAACAAAAAGCUGUUUUUAAUGUCUCAUGUGAACAUGGCAAAUCUCUAUGCACUGAAACCACAUACCACUACUUUAGAAUAUGACCCUCUUAUCUGUUGCUAUAAAACUAGCCAGCUCCACUGCCUCUGUAUUUUCCUAUUUCCCUUAUCUCAUCGGCUGUUUCUGCCACUUCUCUUAGGACAUUUGCCUGCUAAGGCCAAGCUAGAACUCACUGUCUGUGGCAGAAGGACAUCCAAGCUGCUUCUAGAUGGAAGUCUGUGUCUGCGUCCUGCCAGAUGCUUCCUGUCCUUCCUUCCUUCCUUUCCCUGCUCUUGCUGUUUCUCCCUCUUGUGCAGCUUGGGUAGCACUGGUUUUGUGGCCAGAAAAGACUGACUUUGUCCAAAGUUCAUCAUUCCCCUGACUAGAUCAGAUACUUACCUUGACUAAACACAUUUCAGAGCCAAAAUGCAAGAUGGCAAGAGGGCCAUUGUCACAAAAGCAGUAAAUUGCUUUCAAAUGCUGGCAUUUCCACCAGCUCCACACCUGACUCCUUGGUACCUGGGAUCCAGCUGCCCCAGCCCUGUGCAGAUUCUGCAGAGCAGGAUUGUGCCGCCGCCUCUUUGCUCUGUGCUCAGUGACGAGGUUAUAAGUGAGGUCAAGGCUGUUGAAGAACUUAUUUCCCAGUAAGUUCAUAGAUGUUACUACACUUACAAAUGCUUCUCCAGAAAUAAGCUAUUGCUUAGAUGAGGAUUAUGAUCAAAUUAUGUUCAAGUAUGAAAAUUAUCAAUUGAGAAAAGUAAUAUUGGGGGUAGAAAUAAGCUGUUGCCUAUUCAGUGUUACAGAUUCCUUUCUUUUUAUUUAAACACAGGAGCAGCUGAGGAGAGGGGGACAAGGUGUUUUAUUUCUGACACGUUUUAGAAAAAGAAAUACUGUGUACAUGUGUUUGGAACUGUUGAAAUGCCAAGUUUUCUGUAUAGGUGUUUUGUAAUUAAACUUCUAGAUUUUUUUGUUGCUGUUAUUUUUUUAAGAAGUUGAUCUGCUUGCUUGACAUUUGUCUCAUUAAAACUUUUCUAUGUUGAA